AUGGCAGACAACGAGGAGCAGCAAGUGUCGUCCAGCUCGGCGCUCUUCACUGAGGAUUUCCACCACUACCAGGCCGAACCCGAACCCGACCUGUACAACGACAUGCCGCAUUCCAAGCAGGACCUCUUCAGCGUGGACGACAUCGUGGACUUGGUCGGAGGAGCCCACGACGCCCUGGAGAGGCACAUGGUCGAAGCCGGCGAGCCGCACGAGUUAACGGAAAGCCUCAAAGAAGAGCCCAGCUUGCUGGAGCUGGACCCCGAGCCGCAAGUUCUAGAAAAAGAAGAAGAAGAAGAAGAGUACCCAGUCCCAGACUCCACCAGCUUCAGCUCCCCCCACAUGCCUUCACCUCCCGAAGCGGAGCCACAGGUUUGCCCGGAGAGCGACGCCCUCCCCGCGGCGGCUCCGACUCCAGCUCCAGCUCCAGCCCAGCCAGCAGCGUCAUCCCCCGCAGAGGAAGCGCAGCCACCGGCGGACACGCAGCGAGCACCGGCUCCGGCAUCUUAUGUUCCUUCUUCUCCUUCUAAAGCUCAGCCUCAGACUCUGAUGCAAUUCCCUACAGAACUUGGGCAGAAGGGUGAUUCCCCUGCUCCAAUUUCCCCUCUUUCCCCUCUCCACUCCCCUGAUUCCCUGGAAGAGCUCUCUCUGACGGAGAGCCCCAACCAGCCCUAUCCCUCAGGAUCGGCUGCACCCCAGGGCUCCCUAUCCUCUAAGGCCCUCCAGUCCACGGAAAUGCCCUGGGAGGAAGACCAAGAUGACUCCGGACCGGACCGUAGUCAGAAUAGGGGUGAAUUAGAUAAUUUAACUGGUCCUUACUUGAGUUUAGGGAAAGACCCAGGGCCCCACAUUCUAUGCGAAGACAGUGGAGUGUCCUUCUCGCCCGAGGAGAAGCAAACUAGUUUGGACCCAGAGUCUCACGUUGCCUCUAACCCAACAGAGCACUGGGAUUCACCGUUCCUUGCAUCGCAAGACACCUCCAAGGUCUCCAUGGAUCCCUUCUCCAAGGACGCGCCGGCUGUCGGCUCUCCCGGGUACAAACCGGAGCUGCACAGCGACCCUUCUGAUGAUGACGACGACUUGAUGUACGAAGUCAAGAAGAAUAAUAACCCCUUCGAUGGCUUUUCCCCGCUGGCCGACAGCAGCUCCUAUAACUUUGGAGAGUCCAAAUCUGACAACCGGGCAGCUAAAGUGUCAGAAAGUCCCACUCCAGAUCUUGUCCAGUACAAACAAUCUGAAGAACUCCAGGAUAGCCCACUUUCGUUCGUCGACGAGGGCAAGACAUUGGAGACUGGCACGAAGGCUCUUGAGUCCUUCAUGAAGCCGGUCGGUCGGUUCUCGCCUGGUGUUGAAGAGGAGGAUGAAGACGAAGAGGAGGAUAGUGCUCUUCCCCCGUCGCUUCCAGACAUCCUGAAGUCUUCCCCGCUCAACCCUGACAAACUGGACUCUGGUUCUUCUGAGGGAAGUCCAGAGGAGCAGAGUCCCAUUCUUGAACGUAGAAUGAUGGAGUCGCCCAACCCCCCGAUCAACCUCUCCGCCAACAACCCCUUUGCGCUGGAUGCAAAAGUGUCUCUGCUCAAGGAGAUGGCCGACGAGAUGGAGGUGAAAGUGUCUGAAAAACCCGAAGAUGUGAAAAGCUUCGGAGCGUUUGAUCUGGUCAAAGAGGCGGAGGAGACUACCCCCGCGCAGGUGAAAGUCGAGGAACCUGUCAAGCUGGAGCAGAAAGAUUGGUUCUCGAGUCACGCAACCCCCCAAAUGACUGAGAAAUUUGAGCCUCUCCACUUUGAAAGCAAGAAAGCGACCGUUGAAGAUUCAGAUUCCGAGUCGGCGACCGCAGACUCUCUGUCUCCGGUCCUGGAAGCCAUGGCCAAGAACCCUGCCGUCUUCCAAGUGGAGAAGGGUGACACCCAGGUGGAGCCGGAGGUGGUCGAAGAAGUCUCCGAGCACGAGGUCUCGUCUGAGGAAUUUGAGUUCAUUGAAAGACCGCCUAAAGGAGCCAUAGAUGAGUUUCUGGAGGCUCUUGACACGUCCAAGUCGGCGCCUCCUAAAAUCCCGGAGAUACCUGUAGAUGACGACGUGAGCUUUGAGCGGAAAGGGGCUUCUGCUCCGGCGCCUCCCGAGGUGGCUGUCGAAGCCCCGGGUCCGAGCUCGUACCGCCUCCUGACCCAGUCCUCCCCCCAGAAGAGCAAGGCUGAGCUGGAGAAACCGCCAGUCCAUUCGGCGGCGCCCAAGAGUGCGCUAUUCAGGAUGCCGAGCGUGAACCUUUUAGCAGUGGUGGAUCUGUUGUACUGGCGCGACGUGAAGACCACCGGCGUGGUGUUCGGCGCGGCGCUGCUCCUGCUGCUGUCCUUGACCGUGUGCAGCAUCGUCAGCGUGUGCUCCUACGUGGGCCUGGCGCUGCUCUCCGUCACCGUCUGCUUCCGCAUCUACAAAGGCGUCCUGCAGGCCGUCCAGAAGUCCGACGAGGGACACCCUUUCAAGCAGUACCUGGAGCGUGAGGUGGCUCUGUCGGAGGACCUGGUGCACAAGUACGGAGAUGUUCUCCUGGAGAAGAUCAACAAGACCGUGGCUGAGCUCAGGCGUCUCUUCCUGGUCGAAGACUUGGUGGACUCCAUUAAGUUCGCCGUGCUGAUGUGGAUCCUGACCUACGUGGGCGCUCUGUUCAACGGACUCACGCUUGUCAUUCUGGCCGUGAUCGCAGCUUUCAGCUGUCCCAUCGUCUAUGAGAAACACCAGGCUCAAAUCGAUCAUUACCUGGCACUGGUCAAUAACCAAAUCAAAGACGUGGUUGGAAAGAUCCAGGCCAAAGUUCCUGGGAUGAAACCUAAAGCCGAGUGA